AUGUGGUCACAAUUGUUGACAAGAGUGCAGAGAGAAGAAGAGCUGAGGAUUGUACUGGUUGGAAAGACUGGAGUAGGAAAGAGUGCAACAGGAAACGCCAUCCUCAGAAAUCAACGUUUUAAGUCGGAGCUGUCAAGCUCCUCUGUGACUUCAGAUUGUGAUAAAGCAGAGUUUAAUGACAGAAGGGUUGCUGUUAUUGACACACCAGGCAUCUACAACACAAAUUUCACAAAUGAAGAAAUUACAGAGAACAUUAAACUGUAUCUGUGUGCACCAGGCCCUCAUGUGUUAGUGAUGGUUCAGGUGGGAAGAUUCAUAGAGGAGGGGAAGAACACAGUGAAGAUAAUUCAGGAAAUAUUUGGUGAAGGAUCCUCAGAGUUCACAAUGGUGCUGUUUACUCAUGGAAAAUGGCUGAAGAAGAGAAAGAAAAGCAUUCAUGAGUUUGUUAGGAUCAGCCCAGAUCUUCUGAAGUUCACAGAGGCUUGCAACAGGCGAUAUCAUGUCUUCACGACGAUGAAGAUUCAGCACAAGUCACACAUCCGUUUGAUCAGUUUGGAAAUCAAACUUCAGAGGGCGUUCCUGUUGAAAUUUUCCGACUGGGAAAUCGGAAGUUCCGUCUUCCGAGUUCAAAUGGAAUGCACCAAUAGUGGUGGUACUUGGAGAGCCAAAUAUCCUGUGAGAAAAGAGAUACUGGGCCUAGAGGGAUUUGAGUCAGAUAUCAGCCCUGUAUCCUUGACUCUGAGGAGUGAGAAAAGAGAAGGAGAAGUGUGUGGGAGAGGAGUGUCUGUGGUGGACACUCCUGGUCUGUCCAACAGUGAACUAUCUGAGGAACAGUUAGGACAGGAGCUUGAGACAGCUGUGUCUUUGUGUGAUCCAGGGCCUCACGCCUUCCUCCUGGUCAUUCAGCUCGGCCGCUUCACUGAACAAGACAAGAGAGUGAUGUCUAUGCUACAGGACAUGCUUUGUCCAAGUGUCAAUCUGUACACCAUAGUGCUUUUUACCUAUGAGGACAAACUAAAGAACAAAAUCACUGAGCAGUUUGUCAAAGAUGAUGACAACAUACAGAGGCUGCUUCAGAAAUGUGGGAAUAGUGAUGCAACAAGCAUUUCCAUGUCUUCAACAAACGAGGUGAAGGAUCCCUGUCAGGUCAGUCAGCUGCUGGAGAAGAUUGAUAAGAUGGUCAUGAAGAACGGAGGGGGAAUUUACACCAACGAGAUGCUCAUCAUGGCCGAGAAGAUGAUUGAAGAGGAGAGGCAGCGCAUUUUGAGAGAGAAUGAAGCACAGAUACGCAGAGAUGCAGAGGAACUUAUGGCCAUGUACAGAGAAAGGGCUUUGGAAGAUGCAAGAACACAGCUGAGGGAGAAACAAGAGAGGGAAGCAAGGGAGACAGCAGAAAGAGACAACCUAUAUAUGACUGUAAUCACAGAGCUUCUGUGCAAAGUCAUAGAGAAGUUCAUCUUAAAAAAAUGA